UUGAAGAGACAGAGAGAGAGAGAGGAGAAACAGCCAUGUUUUGAGGAAGGAGACAUGCAUCAUCAUUAUCAUCAUCUCAAGCUUAUUAGUUAACUUCUAUUUCUCUCCAUCUGUUACCAAAUCCAGAUACAUCUUUUGCUUGAAUCAGAGACAAUGCAAGUGCCAACGCAUUCAAACAUUCAAGGAUCUCAAUCCUUCAGCUUAACAAAGAACCUGAUGAUGCCCUGCUCAAUGAAGCAUUCGGGUUUACAGCUGCAAGAUCAAGAUUCAUCAUCAACGCAAUCUACUGAAGAAUCAGGAGGUGGUUACAUCGUAAGCCCAGCGGGGAAGGCUAUUGCAAGUUAUACCAAGUCAGCAACCACCUCGUCCAUGGUGUCUCACGAUUCUGUGUUUCCUCCUCCUCCUCCUACUUAUUUCAAUGGCUUCUUGGCUCCUGAAUAUGCAUCUCAACCAACGGUGCUGCCGCAUGUAGAGAUGAUGGGUUUGUUUACUUCAAGAGUGCCAUUGCCGCAUAACUAUCAAGAGAGUGAACCAAUGUUCGUCAAUGCCAAACAGUACCAUGCCAUUCUACGUCGCAGGAAGCAUCGUGCUAAGCUUGAAGCUCAAAACAAACUCAUCAAAAGCCGUAAACCGUACCUUCAUGAGUCUCGCCAUCUUCAUGCUUUGAAGAGAGCUAGAGGCUCCGGUGGACGUUUCCUCAAUACAAAGAAGCUUCAAGAAUCAUCAUCAAACUCCCUCUGUUCUAGUUCGGUCACACCCAGCUCCAGUUCAGACCGUGACAACAUGUUCCAAAACCCAACAUUCAGAUUCUCAGGGUAUCCAUCAACACACCAUGUCUCAGCUCUCAUGUCAGGGACUUGAGUCAUCUGUGAAGAGUCUGUGCUCCGGCUGAAAGGGGAAGUCAUCCUUGGCUAUAAAAGUGUUAUUGUCUUCUUUACGAAGUUUCUGCCUUUUAAAACUCUGUUUUCAUCAUCUGCAACUUCACUCUACUCUACAUUGAAAGUUAACUUUCAAAUCA